GAUCAUGCUGUACAUUUGGGUGUGCCUGUUGUUUCUCUCCACUCUCAUUCACCGAAGCUGCACCAUUGGUGGCCACUGCCACUCAGAUGAUGCACACUGUAGGCUGGACCCUGAAGUGAAUAUGAACAUUGAAGCUUCGACAGGAAGAUGAACAUGGCCAUGUAUUGCAAAAUCCUGGGUGACAACCUUUUUGCCUCCGCCAGGGCACUGAAAAUGGGUCGUGGAUGGGUCUUCCAACACAACGACCCAAACCAUACAGCCAAGAAAACAAAGGAGUGGCUCCAUAAGAAGCAUAUCAAUGUCAUGGAAUUGACUAACCAGUCUUCUGACCUGAAUCCCAUAGAAAUUCUAUGGAGAGAGCUGAAGCUUUGUAUGAGCUUGGACCCAGAGAAACUGGAUGUUAAAAUACAGCCUUCACUUCAUAAGACAGAGAUCAUUCAAAGGUGGGGUUACCCUUCAGAGGAGCAUGAGGUUUUGACAGAGGACGGCUACAUUCUGACUGUCAAUAGGAUCCCCCAUGGACUCAAACACACAGCAGGUCCAAGGUCAGCAGUCUUCCUUCAGCAUGGACUUCUGGCUGCCGGCAGCAAUUGGAUCACCAACCCUCCCAACUCCAGUCUGGGUUACGUACUGGCAGAUGCCGGCUAUGAUGUGUGGAUUGGGAACAGCCGAGGGAACACCUGGUCCAGGAAACAUCAAACUCUGAGCCCAGAUCGUGAGGACUUCUGGAGGUUCAGCUAUGACGAAAUGGCUCUGAAAGAUCUUCCAGCAGUUAUCAACCACAUUCUGAAGGCUACUGGCCAGGAACAAAUCUUCUACAUUGGACACUCCCAGGGAACGACCAUUGCAUUCAUAGCAUUCUCCACUCUGCCAGAACUUGCCAGUAAGAUUCGCCUGUUCUUUGGACUGGCUCCAGUCGCGACUGUGGCAUUUACCGACAGCCCUAUGACCAAACUAUCUGUCCUACCAGAUUUUCUGAUCUGGGACUUGUUUGGGAGGCGGGACUUCCUGCCACAGAGCCAGUACAUCAAAUGGUUGGCUGAACACGUGUGUGCAAAGACAUUGCUGAGCGAGCUGUGUGGAAAUCUCUUCUUCAUCCUCUGCGGUUUUGACGAGAAAAACCUUAACAUGACUCGGACUCCAGUCUACACAACUCACUGUCCUGCUGGGACCUCUGUCCAGAACAUGAUGCACUGGGCGCAGGCAGUCCAUGGGGGGAAGCUGAUGGCAUUUGACUUUGGACCAGAAGGAAACAUGAGGCAUUACAACCAGUCAACUCCUCCUGAGUUUCAUGUCCAGGACAUGAAGGUUCCCACUGCCCUGUUUUCUGGAGGACAUGAUACUUUGGCAGACCCAAAAGAUGUGGCUGCUCUUCUUACUCAGGUGUCCAACCUAGUCUACCAUCAGCACAUCGAACACUGGGAACAUCUGGAUUUCAUCUGGGGGCUGGAUGCACCUCAAAUUAUGUUUCCCUCCAUUUUGAAGCUGCUGCAGGAACAUCGCUAGUGACGCAAAGGACACAUCAUUCCUCUUUGGGACCACCCAAGUUCAGGAUGUGUGGAAUGAAGGUCCAGCAGUCAGGUUUAAUCAGGAAUGCGUUUUUGAUGUUGUAGACUGAGUAGACUUUAAAAAAUUGAAAGCAGUAGAUUAUCUCAAUUUGAGUUCAGAUAUGUUUUAACUCGUGUCUACAGUUCUUCCAACACAUACUGUAGCUGUCAUAUGUUCUUUAAUCUCUGAAGUGGGACUAGGUUCAUGGCGCUAGAACCACAGAACAACAAGCAGAGUUUAGUUUUCUGGUAAACACAAAACCCACCCACUUACCCACCCAUCCAUCCACCCAUCCAUCCAUCCAUCCAUCCAUCCAUCCAUCCAUCCACCCAUCCAUCCAUCCAUCCAUCCAUCCAUCCAUCCAUUUAUUUUCUGGCUCCUAGCUCCGUCUAGGUAUCAUUAAAGUCCAAACUGAAUUUCUUGAAUUCAACUAGCAGUUAGCUGAUUAAAGACAGAUGAGUUUUGGGCUUACUUUCAACAUACCAAAAUAUCCUCAGCUUUCUUCAGAAAAGCUGAGGACAAAAGCUGAACUGCUUUAUAAUCAGAGUGAGCCAUUAACCUAAAACUGAACAUAUCCUAGUUGUGGAUUUGCUAAGUUUGAAAACACUGAAGUAAAACUGAGAGGUUCAUGAUCUCUAGCUAUAAACCCUGCAGCUUUUGCUGAUUUCCUAUUUUAAUUUCCGACAUGCAACUUAAGAGACUUCACACUGAGAACUACAGAGCUUUCUGUGUUGUACUGUAAUCUGCUCAAAAACAGCAAAACUCAUGAUGGUUGUGAUAAACUUUGAAAUAAAACUUAUCACUGUUUCAUGGUA